UCAAAUCAUGUCCAAACGGCUCCUAAAUGUCUGUGAUCAUGACACAAGGGGUCAAGUUUUCCACAUUUCCUCAACUGAGCUCUGCAGAAAGUUGUAAAGAUAUUCGAACUAAAACUAUAAACAGUAAAGCUUAUUUGCAUGAAGAUAAAAAUGUGUUCAACACGUCAAAAGAUUUUACCAACAAAGACCCCCCCAAAGUUGUGGUCCAAACAAUAAUCAGUCUUAGCUGAGUAAAUCAAGAAGGUCUCUUCACGAUAGAACCAAUAUUUAUUAAACUUCCUUCUACGAGUUUUCACCCGGUUUUUUCUUCCUUCACUAGACUAAGUUUUUCCUCUGUUAUAGUUUCUGUAGCUCUAGUUAAAGAAAAUGGCUACAAUUUGUGAGAGGUGCAAAGUGGUUGAGAAACAAAAGUAUUGGGAAGAUUUCGACAAACAUCAGUUCUUCAAAGUGAUGAUGAAUGAUUUCAGGCGUAGGUUGCGCAUUCCAGUCAAGUUUGUGAAAAAUUUAAAAGACAGUCACAAACUGUUGGGCCAUAAGAUUCUAACAGGUCCAAGUGGAAAUUCAUGGGUAGUUGAGGUUAAGAGAAGAGAUGAGGAUGAUUUUGUUUUUUGCAAUGAUGGCUGGGAGACAUUUGUUAAAGACCAUUGCUUGGAAGAUACAGAUCUGUUGGUGUUCAAGAUGAAUAAUUUUACAUCUUUUGAUGUAAUGAUCUUUGACUCAACUGCGUGUGAGAAAGAGGACACUUUCUUUGUUAAAAAACAUAGGAACUCCUGCAAACAUCCGGACGAAGUAACGGAUGAACAUUCAAAUGAGGAAUAUGGUUAUGGAGAUGAUGAUACAGUUGAGGAGGAUUACAUACGAGAGCCGAUAAGGCGCAAAGGAAGCGAAUCUUCACGUGGAAAACAGAAUCAGUUCCAUUCAGCUCAGCCUAGCAAAGGGAAGAAGAUGAAGCAAAUCCCAGUAGCCAAGCAGGACAAUAGGACAAGGAAGUGUACACCUUCGUUAUCGCGCAAGAUGAAUGUUGAACCUGAGGAAAAAGUGCCUGUUUUAUCAAACAGACGCCAAGUUCCAGAGAAAGAGAAGAUUAGAGUUCAUCAACUGGCCUCAAGGCACACAUCUUCUGUUCCUUCUGUUCUGAUGACAAUGCAGCCUACCCAUGUCAACAUGGGCCAACUGAAGCUCCCCAAAGCAUGGCAGCAGAAGUAUAUGAGGCAGAAAUCUGAGGCAAUCACUCUGAGAAUCCCUUUGAGUGGAAGAAGGUGGGAGGCCACGAUCAGUUGCAGAAAGGAAGGACUGGUGAUUCAGUCAGGCUGGGAAGAUUUUGUGAGGGAUAAUGAACUGGACGAGAUUGAUACUUGCGUGUUUGAGCUUGCUCAAGGAGGAAAACACAACUUAAAGCCAGUUGUUUUAGAUGUUUACAUAUAUCGUGUUAAGAAUGAGAUCAUGCUACCAUACUCCAACAGCACAUCUUGAAAUCUGGAUUUGCUAAUUUGUUACUACUACUACUAUGUUUAUUUACUUUGAGAAGUUUGAUUUGCUAUUGAGAUUUAUGUUUUGUUAUGUGCUUCAAUCAUGGACAAACUAGAAGUACCUAAUUGUUGUGUUGUCUUGUUUCGUGAAUGUUAAUAUCUAAGUUCUCAAUUCAGUAUUA